AUAGGUAUGUAAUUAUUAUACUAGAUCUGUUCUGUGAGAAUGUGUCUUUAUUUAGUACCUGGUCCAGUUGGUUCAGUAUCCAGUAUCAUGGACACUACAUGGGCUGUUAUCUCAUGGAGUGUACCUAGUUAUAUUCCAUCAGACUAUCCCAUUAUCACAUAUGAGAUAGGAUAUCAUAUCUUGCAGUAUGUUAACUGUUUAAUGUUAAAUUAUUAUGACUUUAAUACUGAAAUACUACAACUACGUAAUUCAACUAAUACAUUAAUUGUUAUCACUGGCCUUAAUGUUGAGUCUUGUUAUAUUCUUGGUGUACGUGCAUACACUGAUAAUGGAUAUGGAGAAUGGACAGUUAUUGCUAAUGAGACACUAAAACUGCCACUACAAUUAUCAUCUAACCAUGCUACAUCAGACAGUGUCAUUGCUCUUAGUGUGUUAGUGGGUAUAUUGUGUGGUCUACUAACUGUCAGUGUUGUUGUUCAUAUCUACUGCUUUAUAAGAAAGAAAAGUCCAUGUAGUUUUAAUAAGCAAACAAAAAUUAAUGAUGAUGAUAUUGCAAUGCAAGUAUGUGAACCAUAUGAAAUUCACAAGACUAAACAAAGUGAAGAGAAGGAAGGAGUCCAUGAUGAAUGUCAAACAUCACCUGAUGAUAUUUAUUUGUGAUCAUUAUGCCACAAUAUAUUCACUAAAAUUACUGAUAAAUUAACUGAAACUUUUCCACUAGUCUAGUUUUAUUGUAGCAUUUUUAUGUAGUAGAUGUAAAUUAUGCAUAUAGUUUGUGUGAAAAAAAGAAUAAAACUUU